GUGACGCCAUUUUUCAAUUUGUAGUUGUGGUGUGUGGCAAUCCAUGAUAAUUUUGCCUUUAGAAAGACAUUUUCGUGUAUUGAAUUGUGUGAAUCAAUAAAUAAAUAAGGAUUUGCAAGAAGUGUAUUAUGAAAUUUAGUUUACACGCCGCAGAAUCUCCCUGACUAAAAAUGUCGGGUGGUCGGCUGGUGGUGUUGGAUCGUCAGGGUCGGGAUGUGAAGUAUUACCCGCUGAAGGAGGGGCUGGCUACCCUCGGCAGUGAUCCCAUCUGCGACAUUCGGUUCAUGCUUCCUACAGUCAGCGCCCAUCAUGCUACUAUCUCUGUUCACACUAACCAGUGUGUAGUGCAUGCAGUGGGCACAGAUCCGACACUGGUCAAUGGAACGGUAGUCAGCGUGGCUGCUCUUCGUCACGGUGAUGAAAUAUCAGUUGGCGGACGUCGACUUCGUUGGGAGUACAAUGAUCCAUCACAGAAACGAGUGACACCAGUGGUUACUAUGCCUGCGUUGGCGCGUCGUUCGACAGGCAAGCGGAACGCCCGUCGGCGUGUCACUACGGGCUCGGGAAAACCGGCACUCGUGCCGCCGCUGCGGGCCUCCAUGCCGGCGCGGGAUUGGCGCAGUGGUGACGCCUCAUCAUCCAGCAGUGGCAAGCAGGUGGCAAUUGUUCAGCCAUGGGGAAAGGAUACAAAUAAUCAGAAUGAUUCAAUAAACAAGUCUGCGACCAAAGGAAAACGAACAAGGUCUCUACGGCUUGAUGAUUCUGCAGACUUGGAAGAGCAACCUAAAAGGCGCUGGGCUUCUCUCGGCGGCGGCGACUCGGCGACGAAGGCGUCACUGUGGUGCGAGUCGCGACGCGCCCCGCGACGCACUCCACUCAAGAUACACGAUCCACCAGGCGUCGAUCACACGAAACAGGCCGCGCUGAUGUUGAUGACGGGACACACGCCGAAGCCGAAAGAGACACCUCGGGCCACGCUGAAGCCGAAAGUAACGCCUCGUCCCACGCCCCGCCGCAAACGCGUGAGUGGGACGAAACGCCGGCCUAGGCCGAGUCAACCCACCCCGCGACCGCACAGAGCCAGAGAAGGACCACAUUCCAUAUCGCUAUUGGAAAUCGGUCCGGUGUCGCGGCGCAGCGAAGGCUCGUCGCGAACGGAACGAAGCAACUUCCUCACUUCCCCCAUUUUGGGGAGUCCUAAAAAGUCAGCCAUGAAGGAUCCAACAGCCAGAAAGUCUACGCGGAAGACGGAGUCCAUCAAAUUCGAUCUGAGCAAUCUCGACGGCCACGAACGAUCGUCCGACCUCAUAAUGUUCGAUGACACUGAAAAAGAUGAUAGCGUGUCCCAAGACGAUUUGACCUUGCACUACUCAGAAUCGUCAGUCACCAUGUCGCCCUCGCCGAAAAAGAAUUCGCGCUCGAGUAAAAUACUAGAGAAGAGCCUACGAUCCUCAAAUAGUAUAAACACUUUGUCUCCAAGGCAUAUUUCGUCGGAGCGGAGUACUUUGGAAGCGACUGCACUGGAAAAGACCUCGUCAACUCUCGGUCGAUCGCCGAAAAAGUCGCUCCGCGGAAGCAUCAUCCUAAAGAAAGCACUAGAAAAUUCCCGGGCAGCGUACAAAGCGUCGAGAAGUAGAGUUUCAGACCAGAGUUACGCAACUGCUGGGUCUCCGAGAGCUAGCAUCAGGCAGACGGAGACAUACUCCGUAGUGGAUCUCGUGUCCCUAGAUUCUGAUAGCUCGAGAUCCGUGUACGGAUCUACAGCCACUUUUGAAUCUCCACAAUCAAUUACAUCGCAGUCAAUCCGAAAAACACGCUCUGGCAAACUGUCAUUGCUAGCUUCGAGUACGCCGUAUCAUGGACAAGCGAAGGGCAGUCCAAGGGACGUGGAAAGUGACAAAGAAACUUCAAGAAACAAGACCAGGGGCCGCAGUUCGGUUUCGGACGCUUCGAGCACGGGAAAGAAAUCGUCGCUGUCUAUAGUUUCCGUCCGGAGCGAGCCAAACCAAACAAACAUAAGCGACAAAUCGAAGAAGACCACCAGAAGGUCCGCUUCCCUGACGACACCCGAAAAUUCUUAUUGGAGUUUGUCUCUGAAUACUACUAAAGCGACUCGUGCGUCUAAAAGCCGGUCUCGUAUUAAUGACAGUGAUUUACUGUUGCUCGAUGACGAAGAUGACGCGUCGCCACGGUCGUCGCGCCGCCGCUCGGGCCAUACGCCCCGAAAGAAUAUUUCCAUCGUGACAGAAUCUCCCUCCUCCGAUGGAGCCAAAGAUGGCUGUGUCACACCCGAAAACGAGCACAGUCCCAAAGACCCGGGAACGCCGGUGCUAAAUAUACAGAAUCUUUUAGAUCAAUCUCUCGAUCGGAGCACACGCGUACGCAAUUCUCGAAAGCGUAAAACUAUCGGUCACAUAAGAUCAGUCAAACGACCGAACGUAGCGAGAGCGAAGUCUUUCACUCAAACUAGGUCUAAGAAGAUGGACAGCUCCAAUGAUGAGGAUGGUAUUGUUACACCAACAAGUGAUGUAAAGCUGGUGCCCGAAGCUGUGAAGAAUAAACACUCCACUGCCAAGAAACCUCAAUCAAAACGCUCCUUGAUUGACACGUUAGACGAGUCAGAUGUUGUAAAGCAAUUAUUCAGUAGCCCAGUGAAAAGAAAUCUAUCGCGAAGCAUGAGCGAUUUUACUUGGCGGGACGAUGAGAAACCAGUGACCAGACAUACUAUAGCCCUGACUGGCAGGUCUCUAAACACGUCAGGACUGUCCGUUCUAGAUGAUUCUGCUCAUAUUGCGCCGGAGGUGUUUGUGAGUCCAUUAGGUACUCCAAACGUCAGUCCCAAUCUCUCUGGCGUGAAGCGUUUGUUCACAAGAGGAACUAGAAACGAUUUGAGCGAUGUCCGAGGGGUGAAGGCGCUGUUGAAAACGCCCCGAGCGCGGAGGUCGAUCGGCAAUGACCUCACUAGAGUGUCCGGUGUUAAGAAAACCUUCGCCCGAUCACCCAAAAAUCGCCUUAGCGAUGUCAGAGUAAAGGAGCUAUUCGUGCCGUCGCCGAAAAACGACUUACGCCGCGUCUCCGGAGUAAAAUCUCUUUUCCAAUCGGUCGAAACGAGACAAAUGGCGUCGCCCAACUUACAAAAUAUCCGCGGUCUUUUCAAGCGCACUCCUCGCAACGAGCUAGUCAACGUCUCCGGGGUGAGGGCCCUAAAGAGAAGGUCGCCAAGGAACGACUUGGCAGACGUUGAAGGAAUCGAUCAGCUUUUCGAGGAACCCGCCUCGGGCGACGUGAGCGGCGUAGAACUACUACAAGAGCAGGAAGAUGCCGAUUCUACGUUCGAUCGGCUGCUCGGCAAACCGAAACUGAAGUCGUACGGCAAGUCGAAGAGCAUGACGACAUUCAGCAACGCGAAACAGAAGCGUGCCGCGAAAUCACUGCACGAUUCCAUUGACGCGAUAACCACCAACGUCGAGGAGUGGCUUCAAGGCCAGCUACAGAAGAGCGCGAGUAAAAAAAAUUCUGGAAACGCCUCGCGCGAGUUGCAGAAGCUAUCUACCGCUACAGUGGAAGGGGUUGCGCCCGUUUUAACAUCGCGAUCUCGAUCCAGCACUUUCGCUAAGGACCAGAGCACCUUGCCUAUCAAGAAGCGAUCCAUAGCGUCCUUGAGCCAAAACAGCAAAGCAGAAUUGACGCGUAGCAGGGCAUCUCUAGGUCGAAGCAAGGCGGAGAUAUCUGUGAGUCGUAGAAGCAACGAACCGUCGACGCGCAAGAGUCAAGGAAACCCUUCAAAACGUACAAGUAAAGGAGAAUCUUCUUUGAGUCGUAGCAAAGCUGAGAAAUCGAGGAAUAGUAAGGCGGAGGCGUCGUUGAACAAGAGUAAAAAACAGAGUAACGAAACGAGCCAAAGUAAACCCGUAGAAACUGCGACUUUACGAUUGCCGAUCAAGAAACGCGUAGUCGUACAUUCUACGCCUGUGAAGGGUGUAAAUGCAACGCUGAAUACAACAGCACUCGCCCGUAUGUCGCCCAUCGCUGCUAUAGAUCCACCUUCUAAAACUUCUAUGGCAACACUUAAUGAGCCUAAAAAACCUGCUGGCAAAAGUAAGAGAUCGCUGCAAAAACAAUUGCCGGAAAUUGUUGUGACCGCUCACUCACACAAAAACUCACCAAAGAAAGCGGAAGUUAAAAACAAAACUCCCACUCCGGUUCAACCACGCACAACACGAAGAAAAGCGGCAGAAACCAAAUUACCCACUGUGAUCAAAAGAAGGAAGUCUAUUACUAUCACCAAAAAACCACCUGUACUUAGUCCCAAACCAGUGACGCAGGUUUCAGAAAAACCGCCUUCUCCGAAACGAGGAAGAAGCACUCGUAAUAAAGUGGAAGAAAAACCAAAAACACCAGUCAAAAGCAGGGCUAAAGCGAGAAGAGCCAGUGUUGUUGUGAGUAAACCGUCUCCCAAACUGAAACCGAAAUCAGCUACACCGGCUAAACGAACCAAUAGAACUAGGAGGACUAAAGUCAUAGAAGAACCACCAAAAGAGACUCAAACGAGACAAUCUCGCAAGACUAAAGCGACAGAAAACGUAAGCAACGCCAGCAAAAAAACGAAAAUCGAGGUUGAAAAGUCUGUCGAAAAACAACCAGCAAAAUCUAGGACGAGAAAAACUCAAAUUGUUGAAGAAAUACCCGAAGAAACGGAAGUUAAAACUGCAAGACGAGGACGAAAAACUCGAGAGAUUAAAAAUAUAGAGGAACCUGCUAAAAGAUCACGAAAAACUAUCAACAGUAAAGUAGAAGACAAAAGCACUAGCAAAAACAGUCCCAUCAAAAGUCCAGUAAAAUCUGCACCUAAACGUAGCAGAAGAGGUCAAACGAAUGUUACAAAUGUAGAAGUUAGUAAAACACAUGAGCAGCCAAAACCUAGAAGAGGCCGCAAGAAUGAAACGACUACAGAAGUCGUGGAAGUCAAAAAAGGUCGUAAGACGCGAGCGAAUGAAAGUGUAGUACAAACACUAGCAACAGAAGCUGCACCUAAAAGAGCCAGAACUGCAAAAGCUGAAGUAGUUGCCGAAGCGAAACCAGUCAGAGGCAGGAAAACUGCAGCUACCCAACCCAAAGAGGAAUCGAAAGGCAGGAGAAGUAAGAAGAUCACUAUCGUAGAAGGAACUAUCGAGAUUCCGCAGAGAGGUCGUCGCACAAAAACGCAAUCGACCUCAGAAGACAAAAAUACGUCAAAAAAAGGUGGCAAGCAAAAUGCUGAAUCACCCGCGCCUAAAGGCAGAGCCACAAGAAAUGCUGUGAAGGUGGAGCCUAGUACCGGAAGAAGCAAGAAGGCCACGAAUGCGCCUGCAAACAAAACUGCACCUGCAAGUACGAGCAAUCGCAAACGAAAGUCGAAUGAACCCGUCGCCAAAGUAGCUGAGACCGCCAAGCGACGCAAACUGCCAGCAAAGGAAGCAGAGGAGCCAAGGAGUACUCGUAGCCGGCGAAGAUAAUGACAACGCUGCUAAUAGAACUGGUGCACAUGUGCAGCACACUGCACAAUAGUCUCAAUGCGAGAAGAAAGUGAAUAUGUGGUGUGUGUAAUAUAUUUUGGCAUUAAAAAACUAUAGAAUAGAGAUUAUAGAAGAAAAUUAUGUGGAGGCAUUGACUGCUUAACGAUUAUAACUAGAAAAAUGGUGAUUCAUUUUGUGCUUUUAUAUUGUCAUUUUUAAUUUUAUUUGUUUGGUGAAUAGUAUUAGAUUCUGGAAUUCAUCAUGACUAUACUUUGUAGUUUUAACAGUUCUACAAUAUAAUGGUACUAAUUGAAAUGUUCAAUACUAUUAUUUUAUAGUGAUUAUGGAGUAUAAUAGUGAUUAGUGAGUCUAUUAUUUUUAUUCCAGUUUAGAUGUAAAUUUUAUUUUGGAGUGUUAGUUUUUAGUAUUAUUAUUUUAAACUGUAUUGGCAUUGUAAUGGGUAAACUUCACUGACCUCCAUUAUACAAGACGUAUGUUGGACUUAUGAUACCUUUUGUAAUGACAGCUAUUUUUUGUGCCUAUUUGAAGCGGAAUCAGCGCCCCCAAUGCUGGGGAAGAGAACUACAUCUGACGUAUAUUGCAAAUGGCCACUUAAUCGUUAUUGGUUGUCAUCACUAGUAUUAGUUCCAA